ACAAAGUACCCCUCCAUCAACCUCCUAUCCACUAUUAGCCAGACCACUCCAAGCUAAAUUCUGUAAAACAUGAAACUAACCAUUUCUUUAUUUAUUGGACUAUGGAUGAACCACCUCUGGGACCCCCUCCAAUAGAAACAACAGUUCUCCUACUCGGAGAUCCCGAUGUAGGUAAAUCAACCUUCUUAUCGUGAGUUCUCUCCAAAACCUCCCAUAUCACAAUCCCCAACCCCAGCUCACCCACCCAGCAAACCCCCAUCCAACCUCUCCUCCUCCGCCAGCUCAACACAAGCCCAGCUCCUCCUAGACUCCCGCCAACCAUUCACCUUCGGGAUCCGCUUCUCCAAUAUCCCCUACCGCAUCAAUUUCUACGACUCCUCUUCGCCGAUCGAUUGGAAAACAUUAAAACCUAAUGUCGUCGUACUCUGUUAUGCAGUUCCGAAUCGAUUGAGCUUGGUUAACGUGCAGAGAUUUGUAUGUAUAUUUAUUUGCAUUAUGAUUAUCAUUUUCUUAAUAUAUAUAAGGUUAAAGAUCACUUGAAGUAAAGUAAAGCAAAGUCAGGUGAAGAAAACACACACACAGACACACACACAUCAAUGAAACACCCCGAAAAUUCACAUCGAUAUGCAAAUAACCCAAAACUAAACUAAACAUUUAUACCAACACAGUGGGCCAAACAACUCCAAACCGCCUUCCAAUACGAACUCCCCAUCCUCCUCCUCGCACUCAAGCGAGAUCUCCGAUCUGAAAAAGAUCCUAACGGAAUAAUAUAUCCGCAAGAGGGUCACCGCAUUGCGCAGGAAUUGAGAUGUGAUCGAUAUAUGGAGUGAGUAUUUUCAUAGUUCCAUCCCAUUAAUUCCAUCGUUUUCAUCUCUUUUCCUGCUUCACCUCCCAAAGCAGGAGUACCUGCGAUCCAUCCCCAAUACAUCAAUAAAUCCUCAAAACUAACCUCACCUUCGUCAUCUCAGAUGUUCAUCUAUGACCGGUGAGCUGGUAGCAGAAGUAUGGGAGGAUAUCAGUCGAACCGCCGUCUUGGCUGCGGGAGGAGGGAAAGGAGGUUCGAGUGGUGGUGGCGGGUUGAGUGAUGGGGGUUGUGUAAUUAUGUAAGGUUGGAGCAGGGGGGGAGUGGUUUGGGUUGAGCAUGAAUGGACUGUAUGUCAUGUACGGUAUUUGUAACGAGAUGUGACGUUUUCAGAUGAUUGUGGAUGAUUUCGGAUUUGAAAAGAGUGUAUUGUCGAGUAUUUCCAGGUACAUAUGGAUAUUACACAACGAUUAGAUGAUAAUCAAGUAGAUUCACGUGGCGAUUGUA